AUGACAAGGAUUGGCUCUAUGGGCAAGGGAAGUUCAGCCAAAAAGUUAUUGAACUAUUCUGCUCCUCUGUCAGCCAUAUCUAGUGCAGUCAACACGGCCUCUAUAGUGGACCGAGUAAGAAUGUUUUGUUUGGUGGCCUUCUAUGCUACAAACCUUCCACCUGACAUAAAGGCAUAUUUACAUCUGGUUUCUGUUUGCAUUCGUGCCGAUCUUAUUUUUCCUUUCCACUUGUUCAGUUCUAAUGUCUACAUUAAUGUUUAUAUUUUUUCCCCUCAUUUCUGUUACUGUUUUCUUAUGCUAUGCUGUUGGUGUUUAUCUUUCACUUACAUUGCUCUUUUUCUGUCUGUUUCAAAAAUUCUGAAAUAGCCAAUUAUCCAUUAUAUUGGCUUACUUUUGCAGUCUUUCAGUGGAAGCAACAUAUUUGGGUUCAUCUUCUACAAGCAUCCUUGGACAGAGCAUUUCAUUUGGUCUUCCUAAUUUUAGAUAUUCGAAUGUUUUUCAUCAUCGUAGAGGAUCAGGCUUUCUUGUUAGAGCUGAAGUCGUGAGUAUGAUUUAACAAAUUAAGUUUUUUUCAAUGAAAUACACUGGAUGAUGCCAUGUUUUACUGAAGUGCCGUAAAGUAAAUUAUCCAUUUGUCGAGUCUACGAAUCUUAAGUUUUCUUAUCGUGCACAGGAUUACUACUCAGCCCUUGGUGUCUCAAAAAAAGCCAGCAAAUCUGAAAUCAAAACUGGUGACUUUCCUAGACGUUGACUUGUCUUAUAUGUUCAUGCUGAGACUUUGCUCUUCUCUGAUUAUUAGCCUUUGACUUUUUUAUUUUAGUUUCGGACACAGUAGUGCAAAACUUUAUGUUUUUUUUUUUUUCGUUUUGAAGAAAACUAGAGUCAUCAUCAUUCCUGGGGACUGAAACUGCUCCCACAUUUCUGAGGUUUUGAAAUCUUUGUGCAUUUUGAUCUGAGAUUGUGCUGUAAUUCCCCUUGUGUUGGAUGGUUUCCAUCAAAGAAACUCGCCUCUUGUGUAUCACCUUCUCCACUUCUCGGUUUCUAAAUUGGGGGAAACCCGUAGGUACUAUGAUAUUAUGUUCUGUAGAUUACUUAAUUUCCGGACCAGUAGAUGAUCGAACAAAAUGAAUUAUAGUAUGCGCGACAUCAGUUUUCUUUAUGUGGAAUUCAAUCGGCACGGCCAAUUAAUUUCGUUUACACGCUCGUGUUGUUCCAUCAUCUGUAGCUUAUCGGAAACUUGCUAGGAGUUAUCACCCAGAUGUGAACAAGUAAGUUCGCUGCUUCACUCUCUCCAGCAUGUCAUGUUAAUCUCUCCUCAGCAUGUUAUCACCCAGAUGUGAACCCAUUGUAGCACUCUUUUCAUCCAUUUUAUUUCGUUCCCUAGGUUGAAAUGCAGAAUUUCCCCUCAUAAUCUGGUGGGCCAAAACAUUGUGAUUAGCCGGUGACUGUCUUUGUUUACAUCCUGCCUCAGAGACUCUGGAGCUGAACAGAAAUUCAAGGACAUCAGCAACGCCUAUGAGGUUUGGUCUCUCUCCCUCUCCUUCCCUCCUUCACCCCUCCUUUCCCCCGAGCUUGGAUCCAUCUCACACCGAUCCUACACCAACCUCUCAGGUAUUAUCAGACCCGGAGAAGCGAUCUUUGUACGACCAGUACGGCGAAGCUGGGUUGAGAAGUUCUGGCAUGGACAUGGGGGUAAAGGCCACAAAUAUAUUUAUUUAUCCGUAUGAAGUAUCGUUGAUCAUCAAUCAGUUGCAGAUGAAAAUUAUAUCUUGAUCCGGGACGUUUUCCUUCUGAUUCUGCAGGACUUUGGGAGCGCCUUCGAUCUGUUCGAGACAUUGUUUGAGGGAAUGGGAGGAAUGGGCGGAACGAGAGGAGGCAGAGGCGGCGCGAGGAAGAGGCCCGUGCGAGGGGAGGACGAGGCCUACAGCCUCUCCCUCAGCUUCAAAGAGGCAGUGUUCGGCGUGGAGAGGGAGAUCGAGGUCACCCGCCUCGAGACCUGCGGCGCCUGCAAGGGCUCGGGGGCGAAGCCCGGCAGCAAGCCGAAGCCCUGCGCCACCUGCGCCGGCCAAGGCCAGGUGGUCUCCUCCGUGCGGACGCCGCUGGGCAUCUUCCAGCAGGUGAUUGCCUGCCCCGCCUGCAGCGGUGCCGGGGAGGCGUUCGUCCCCUGCGGCACCUGCGGCGGCGACGGGCUGCAGAGGAAGGCAAAGCGGAUGGGCCUCAAGGUCCCCGCCGGGGUGGACUCCGGCAGCCGGCUGCGGGUCCAGGCGGAGGGCAACGCCGGCAGGAGAGGCGGCGGGCGGGGGGACCUCUACGUCUUCAUCGAGGUGAUCGCCGACCCGGUGCUGCGGCGAGAGGGGACGAGCGUGCUACACACCUGCAAGGUCUCCUAUGUCGACGCCAUCCUCGGCACGACGGUGGAGGUGCCAACGGUGGACGGGCCGGCGGAGCUGCAGGUGCCGGCGGGCACACAGCCGGGGGCCACUCUGGUGAUGUCGAAGAAGGGGGUCCCCUUCCUCCGCCGGCCAAAGGCGAGGGGGGAUCAGCUGGUGCUCAUUCAGGUGGAGAUCCCCAAGCGGCUGACCGACGAGGAGCGGAGCCUCGUUGAGGGCCUCGCCAAGCUGAGCAAGCCGGUCUCCGCCGCCGCCGUCGCCGCCACCGGCGGCCGGAGCUAG